AUUGUGUUGGAGCCAGUCUCUUCCACUGCCAGCAAGAGAAAAACCAGCUCUGAAGAACAAAUACUAGUAUCUGUUAAAAAAUUGUGCCUUAACAAAAAAUAUGGAUUUAAAAAAAAUUAACGCAACGUCUCUAAUUACAGAGAGAAAACCAAUAACAAAAAUACAAGAUCUACCUUUGAAUACUCUGAGGGCUAUAAAGAAGGCAAAAAUAGUCAAUUCCAAAUUCGGAGAAUCAGUUUUAUUGGAUUUAGAUACAGAAGUAGUGUUUUUACCGAAAAGAGUCACAAGUGUCUACAAACCAGUCAUUGAAGAAUUUGAAAAGGAAAAAUACGGAAUUAUAUUCAAGGGAUUAGUGGAUGUUGGAAAAAAUCAACGGCUAGCGUCAUUUGAAAUUGAGGAACUAUAGACGUGCCUAAGACACACAGAGAGAGAGAGAGAGGUGAGUACCAUGAAUAUUGUAAAAAAAUCUGAAAAUUUACUGCAAGUCAUUAAAAAUGUCAGAAAAAUAUUGUUUGAUAAGAUAACGGAUAGAGAUGUGGAAAUUUGGUUGAAUCGAUUGAAAAAACAAAUUAAAGUAUGUAAUUUGACAAUUAAAAAAGGAGGACUGCAUGUAGGUACAAUUAGGAAAUUACAAACAUACAUAGGACAUUUCAAACAUUUUAAACAACUUAUAUCAAAUAGGAAUAUAGGUAUGGGGCUGAAUAAUAAACUGAAAAAUAGGGUUAAAUGGGAAAAUGUAGCUUCUGCAUUUACAAGAAGAAUUAAAACCGGACUUAUAGUAAAUUUAUAUCAUAAGGACUUAACGCAAUUUUUAAAUGAUUGUCAAAUAAUUUUUAAAAAUAAAAUAAGGGAAAUUUUUAGGAAAAAAUAUUCUGUUGUUAAAGUUUAUGUUUGUUUUUGUGGAGAGUUCAUUAAAAAAUCUGGUGAAAAUGAAAUUUCUAGUUUCCAUUAUUUUAUGACUAAAAAUUCUAUUAUCGAUGUAUCGACCGAUAUAGAGCGAUGGUUUUUCGAGAACGUCAAAGAUAAAAUUAAUUUUAAAUUAUCAGAAUUUCAAGAGAGGGACUCUGGUUUUGCAUUAAGUAAAAUUAUUUCUUUAGAAGUAAAUAUCAAUAAAUUUGAAAUUGGAAACGGCUCAUCUUAUAUUAAACUUCCAGAACCUAUUCAAAAAAAGCAAGGGUGCAUAAACAUUAAAAAUUCUGACCAAGCAUGUUUUUAUUGGUCAAUUGUUAGUGCUUUGUACCCAGCCAAAAAUAAUAAAGAACUCACUUCCUCAUAUCCAUAUUAUAGCACAGUCUUGAAUACACAAGACUUGGAAGCUCCGAUGCCCCUGCAUCAAAUUUCAAAGUUUGAAAAAUCUAAUAACAUUUCCGUCAAUGUCUAUGCCUUGGAUUUAAUUGAAACAAAUAAUAAAAAACCAUUUUACAAAGUAUAUCCAGUAAGACUUGCUAAUCUUUUAUUAAUUCAAAAUACAUAUUUUCCAAAGCUAAACGAUUAUUAA